GUCCUUCGGCCCCGGCUUCACGGUCGGCGUCUCCCAGAGCCUCCCAUACCCGUCUGCCGCCACUGGCUCCCAGGCUACUCGCCCUCAUCACCGCCAGAGCGGCCCCUGGCACCGCCAUCACCACCAAGAGCCGGCAGCAAUCACGGCCCUCCCGUCAGCCGCCGAGAUGGAGAGACUGCUCGAUUGCUACUUCGCUACCGGCGGUGCCGUCUUCCCCAUCAUCCACGAGCCCUCGUUCCGCGCCACGUAUCUCGAGUGCCGCCGCAAUGGCUUCACUCGUGCCCGGCGAACCUGGCUCGGCCUGCUCAACAUCAUGCUUGCCAUGGCCACCAGCUUCGACGCCGACAGCGUGCCGUCGGCCACCCGGCGGCAAGAAAAAGCCAGCAUCUUCUAUGCCCGUGCACAAGAGCUGUGUGGCGAGCUGUCGCGGCGCGUCAUCAGCCUCGAGAUUGUCCAUUAUCUGAUUCUGGUCGUCAUCCUCUGCCAAGGCACCCAGCGCUCUGUGCAGGCGUGGAACACGCUUGGCCUUGUCAUCCGGUCCGCCAUCGCUCUCGGCCUCCAUAGCGAUGCGCCUGGUCGGUCCGAAGACCCCAUACAAGCAGAAUUCCGUCGCCGGACAUGGAUCGUCAUCUAUUGCCUUGAUCAGGUUCUGGGCGCGGCUUUUGGUCGACCCACGAGCAUCCCAGACCAGCAUCUCCAGCGCCACAGCCUCCUUUCGACUGGAUCGCCCUCGGACACCUCAUCCGUCGGGCACACCCAUCAGCCUUCCGGCAACAUAGACUUGAAUGGCGAAUUCCUUGCCCUAUCCUUCAAGCUGUACCAGAUCAUGGGCAGGUCACUCGCCGACCAGUAUGGCUCAAAUUUCGACAACACCGAGCCUCACCUCGAUGGUAUCGACUCCCUCAAAGCUUCGGGCGAGCUGCGCAAGGCCCUGCAGAUAUGGGCUGCCGGUCUCCCCCCUCACCUCCAGUUGAUUGAACCCGACUCCCCACUGCUGAGCCAGUCAAAACCAGAGCAUCGCGCCCGCACGAUCCUGACGAUGCGCUAUCACAACCUCACUAUUCUUAUCCAUAAGCCUCUACUGAGUGCAACGCUACGAUAUCUGUUCCCUCCCAAGGGUGUCGGUCAUGUCGGCAUGCCCAUGCCCUAUCUCAUCCAGCUCGCUAUUGCAGAGGCGCAUGAGUGCAUCCGUGCUGCUCAGAACACCAUUGACAUGAUCCACGCAAUAAUCACAAACGACCAGUCGGGCAAAAAUAAUCUAGGCGUAUGGUACUAUACCCUCUACUAUGUAUUCACGGCCUCUCUGGUUAUUUGCGGCCGCCUCCUUUGGGCGAGGCACGGGCAUGAGGAACCGGACGAAGCAGCCAUCCUCCAGGCGCAGCGCUCGCUCGACAAGGCCGAAGUCAUCUGCGAAAAGAUUGAUCAUGAAAACAGCCUAGUUCUGAGCUGCCUCGAAUACAUCCGCAGCCUUGCCAGGAUGUGCAAUGUCAAAGGUCCGCAGAUAUACCACACCACCUUUGACAAACCUGGUAAUCGUAACCCCGAAACUGACCAAUCUUCCCGUGGGGAUAUAACAGGCACCGGUUCCACUGGCAUCCCGCGUCCCCAUAACAAUCUAUCCGGCAACGGCACCGAUUCUGUCGCCGCCGUACCCCUCACGGCGCUUGACGGCCUCGGGGACAAUGAGCGGGCCCAGUCUCUCACGGACCCGGCCUUGCUGAGUUCAGAAGACAUGGAGACGCUUCAGCUGUUCUCUUCGGAGAUGUUCGACCCGUCCAUCUUUGAAGGCUUCCACCAAUCACCUGUCGACCCAAGGACGAUAUCAGCAGGCCUGUGGGACGGGCCUGCCUGAGUGACAUGCUGCACGCCACAGAUAGGCGCAGCUCGCCAGUCCCCACCUGCGCUGCCGGCUCGGGUUCGCAGCCGGCCUAAGUCCCCGGGCUCGUUUUAGUCAUUGAUUGUGGACAUUGCGCUUCACAAGCGCCACAGAGAUGAUUACCUUCAGAGCCUAGGUGGGGCCC